UCGUGAGUCGUGAUCGGCGCGCGCGCUGGUCGGAUCAAUUAUCACUGUCGCGUAUUUAGCUUUUUUCCCUACCAACCCACCGCCUCCGCCGCCGCGCCGCGAUCACCGUCACUAGAGACUAGUCAGUUCAGCUCUUCGCACCGAACGUCCGCCUUCGUCAGCGCACGCCGUCCGCUGUGUAUUUUGGAUACAUUCACUUUUCGCGCCGCCGACGCAUAGUCGUGCAAACCGACACGUCGGUCAACUUUCGACUCGUUUCCCCGGGUCAUGCGAACGGCGUUCAAGGAAACGAGGAAAAAAAAUGACCGAUUCCAGCCAACAAUAUGUCAGUGAACACAACGGUCCAGUCAAGUCCCGCAGCUUCCGCCAUGCUUCCACUUGGUAGACGCGAAAUGGAACAAUAGUUGUGUUACCAUAAAUCACUUACUGCUACCGACCGGCAGUGGACACAAACCAUCAGCUAACCCGUCGCCCUUACACUACACCGGCAGUAGAAUGGCAUCUAGUAAUAAUACAGAAACAACAACGGAGGCUAUAGAAGUUAUCACACAACAAGCUAUCACACAAUCAAAUCCAAUAUUUUUACAAACUACUGCUGCCCAAGUAAUUGCUGGGCUAUUUGUUUGGACAGCAGUAUUUGUUACAUGCCAACAGAUAUAUUAUCACCUACGAUGGAACACGAAUCCAGCGGAACAACGAUGGAUCAUCCGAAUAUUGUUCAUUGUACCUAUUUACGCGCUACACUCGUGGGUCAGUUUGUUGUUCUUCAACAACGAACACUACUACGUGUACUUCUUUACAAUCAGAGAUUGCUACGAAGCUUUCGUGAUAUACAAUUUCAUGAGUUUAUGCUAUGAAUAUUUGGGCGGUGAAGGGAACAUAAUGAGCGAAAUUCGUGGGAAACCUAUUCAGUCUAGCUGGCAAUAUGGAACUUGUUGUUUGACAGGACGUACUUACACAAUUGGGUUCCUACGUUUUUGCAAGCAAGCAACACUACAGUUUUGUUUGGUAAAACCUUCAAUGGCUUUUGUCAUUAUAUUCCUACAAUACAUUGGGCAUUAUCAUGAUGGCGAUUGGAGUAUGAAUGGAGGAUACUUGUAUGUCACAGCCAUUUACAAUAUGUCUGUCAGUUUAGCACUUUAUGGAUUGUUCCUGUUUUACUUUGCUACUCGAGAUCUCCUAAUACCCUUCGAACCAGUCUUAAAGUUUUGUACCAUCAAGAGUGUGAUUUUCCUGUCAUUCUGGCAAGGUGUAUUACUGGCAAUUUUGGAAAAAGCUAAAUUCAUAGAUCCCGUCAUUGAUUCCAGUGGCCAACCUACUAGUGCUGGUACAGUAUCAGCUGGCUACCAAAACUUUUUAAUCUGCAUUGAGAUGCUGUUUGCUGCAUUGGCCCUAAGAGCUGCAUUUCCUUAUGAGAUAUAUGCUAAUAACGCACAAACAGGAACAGGAAAUCCAUCUAAUUCACGUACCGUUACAAUGCAAAGUAUUUCUAGUAGUUUAAAGGAAACAAUGAAUCCAAAAGAUAUAAUGACGGAUGCCAUACAUAAUUUCCAUCCACAGUAUCAACAAUAUACACAGUAUAGUUCAGGUGGCCAAAAAAACUAUGGAUCAAAAAGUGGAAUCAAUGAUAACAAUGGAAAAUCAAAAUCUGCUAAGAAACAAGCACCGGUGUAUAAUGAAAAGGCGAUGUUGCUCAGCUCUGAUGAAGAAAUACCUUAAAUUAUCUCGGCAACAAAUAUUUAUACAUAUUAUACCCUUGGAUUUAAUUCAUUGCUUUAACAACGUCUAUACAUUAACCAACAUUAUUUAUCAAAUGUUAUGUGGGCAUAUAGAGCAGAUAACAUUGUACAAUAGUGCACUAGUCAAAUACAACAUUUGUGCAAUAUUUCUUGAAUACUUGCAAUACAGCCAAUUGGUUUUCUUGUUAUUAAUCUGAUUUUAACAAUUAUUGAACUCUUACAGUUUUGCUUAAAAUCAGGACUUUGUAUGUAAAUUUGCACAACCCGUUCUUCUUAUUAUUUAUUAUAUAAUUGUUGAUAAAAUUUCGUUAAUUUGUCAGUGAUAUGAUGAAUGAUGUUUAUACAUGUUAUACCAUUUAGUUGGCUAUGUAGAUGGACUAUUGAUCUGUAACUUUAUACUUCCAUAAAAUGGUCUACUACUUGCUGACAGUAGUUUCAAUCAAUUUUAGUCUUAUAUUGAUCUAUUAAUAUUAUAUUUUCUAGUUUUAUACUUUGUUCCAACUUUACAAAAAAUCACUAAUAA